AUGGAAGAGCAUAAUUCUAUUUUCGUUUACCAAGAGCCGGAGCAUGAACAAAAGCAAAAGCUCUAUGACACAACACUUGAACUUGAGUUAGUGAAAAACAUGAAUACCGAACUUUACAAUAUGCUGAUGAAAGUUCGUCGAGAAAGAGAUGAAGCUAGAAAUUUACUACAAAAACUAUUGAACAAUCGUUUUCCAAUUGAAUUCCAACAAGAAAAUUCUCUAGGGUUUCUUCAUUCUUCAAUAUCAAGUUCAAACAUUACACAUUAUGGUAGCUUCUCACAUUGCUCUCCAUCAUCUUCUUCUUCACCUGAAUUUCCAAACACUAGCAUGAGCCAUGUCAAUCAUUAUCAUAACCAAAGCUUUAACUAUUCCAUGAUGCCUAUUAAAAGAUCGGUUUGUGAUGAUGAUUAUGGAAGUAGGUAUAUAGAUAAUAUUGCUAAGAAAAGAGUUUUGCCUCAAAAGGGUAAGCUUUUGCAAGCUAUGUAUGAUGCUGGUCCUUUGCUUCAAACUAUUCUAGAUGAUGGGCACCUUCCUACUUGGAGAAAUACACAUUCUCAAGAUUUUAACUCUAAUUUUCGAAGAGGUAGUGGCUUUGAGCCGACUUGUGAAUCGAGGAUAGGGUCCAGUUUCUGCCGCGCUUGCCAACCUGGGUUAGCAGCUCCUAGACAUUGCUCGCGAGAAGAUCAGUGUCAACAUCGUCGAACCGCAGACGUUAUGUCGACAAUGUCCUUCGCGGGUGGUUACACUCGACUGCGGAAGAUAAUCACGUUCUCUGUCAAGGUAACGUUCAUCACUGAGAUGCGUCGAAGGCCCGUGGUUCCAUCGCUCGACGGCGACACAUGA